AUGGCUGAACCCAUGGUCACCCUCUACCCAGCAACCUGUCUCAUAUUCGCAGCCAUAUACCUCGUCUUCCUCAACCGAGCCCCGAUCAUCCUCUGUCUAGGCCGCUGUGCUCAAUGCCUUGAUUCGGAAAACCACUACGUCGAGUUCCACUCUCAAGUCGCUGACACUGAAUUCGAGUCGGAACCCGAAGGCCUCGAAGAUCAAUGGCCCACCCCAACACCCGCCAUCGACAACAACUACUCCACUGCCCCCUCCUACCCAUCGUCGAUAUCAACCGACGAUCCGAACUUCCCCGCAUCGAACCCCAGAACCCCGCUGGGGAGAUACUUCGAUCCGACGACGGGGAAAAUCUACCCGCAGGCCCUGGAGCCGCCGACCCCGGCGUGGGAAAUGGAGCUGAAGAUGCGGAUUGAGAAGGGAGUCGGGUUGGAGCCGUCUUGGGAUCGCGCGGUUGAUUGUAUGGUGGGGUUGUUUGUGGGGUUGCAUGUUUAG